AUGCUUUCUUUCCUCCUUACAAUAGCAUUUUAUCCAGUGAUUUCUAGAUGGGUACAAGGGCAUACCAGAAUCGGUUUUGAUGGUGCGUCAAGUGACCAUCAUAAUGCUGUCAUAUUUUAUAAUCUCGACGGAUUUAAUAUGGUAACAGGGAGUGAAAGAAUCAAAAGCUGCAAGAAAAUUUUCUGGAUAAAAUAUAAAUGCAAGCGUUGGACUGAAUAUUACUACGGUGCUAUUCCAAAGAUACUCGUUAAUCAAGGAAGUAUAACAGCUAAUUCCGGUGGAGGCGUGUUAAGAUGGAUGGUUGCACAGGUUCCAAACAACUGUGAUUCUUACGAUUAUAUUCAGAUAAAUGGAAAUUCCGAAAGUUCAUAUAUUUUUAAUCCGUUGAGAGUUGAAAGCAAUAAACGUCAUUGUAUGUUCUUUGGUUCUAAUUCUAACCAUAGCUUCACAUUAUACAAGAGCAAGUUAUCACCUGGAAAGUUAUUUGUCGAAAACCUUAAUAUUCCGAAUUCAACAGUCGAAGUUACAGAGAAUAAUAUGACAAUUGAUGACUGGAACAAUAUUUUCCUUUUCUAUGAGAAGAAUGAAUCCGAUACACACUCCGUUGUCGGUGUUCAAAGUUUCAACAAGACAAGCAACGAGACAGUCUACAGUAACUUCUGGAGAACAUCAGAAAGAGUUAUCGAAGUCAAAAAGAUCCCAUUCGAAUAUAACGCUAAGUUUGGUUACAACUCAAUAGAACUUGAUAACGAGACAUUCACAUACAUCCUGUUCCCA